AUGACUCGGGAGUUUCCCCACAAUUGGAGGAAAUGGCUGCCUUUAGCAGAAUGGUGGUACAACUCCUCCUACCACUCCAGCUUACAAAUGACUCCUUUUGAGGCCCUCUAUGGUUACAAACCCAACCCUUUACCUCUAGGCCCUCAUCUCGAUACCAUUAUACUAGCAGCAUCUCAACUGCUCCAAGAAAAGAUGAGGAUUUCUAGCAGCAUCAGAGAUCACCUGGCAAAAGCUCAGCAAAGGAUAAAGUAUUUCGCAGACCAGAGGUGUACUGAGAGAACUUUCGAAGUUGGUGAUUGGUACGAUUUGAAAAUGUGGAAUAUGGAGACGUUUUCUCUAUAUCUCCUCUCCCUUGCAGUCGUCUUAGUCUCCUUCAUCUUCCUUGGCAUUCUUAGUCAGCGUUAUAACUCAAACAGAUCCAAAGUUCCACCAGGCACAUUUGGAUUCCCAUUAAUUGGAGAGACAAUCCAGUUUUUGGCAAGUGGCCCAGAAAAAUUUUUUCAUAGGAGAAUGGAAAAAUACUCGGGAGAUAUAUUCACAACUUCAUUGUUUGGAGAAAAAGUGGCUGUAGUUUGCGGCGCCGCUGGGAACAAAUUUUUGCUCUACACUGCAAACCAUCAGCUUACUCCUUGGAUUCCUUCUGCAACUUUCAAAUUAUUGAAUUGGAUGGAUUCUGCUGGACAGUCAUACAAACAAUCCCUCUCAGGAGGUCGCAUUUUUCUUAAUAAAGAAAUGCUCAAACCAGAAAUCUUGAGGCAGUACAUAACCAUCAUGGAUUCCUUGGCAAGGCAACAUAUAAACACUUAUUGGGAUCCUUCCCAAGUGGCCUGCAGAUUGCUCCUUGGUGUUGAAGAUGCUGACCAAACUCGAAGGAUAUAUGAUUCUUUCAGUCUCGUAAUGCAAGGGUUGUUCUCAAUUCCAAUCAAUUUGCCUGGCACCACAUACAAUCGUGCUUUGAAAGAGACCAAAACACUAAAGCAGCAAUUCUUGAAUAUCAUUGCGGAAAAGAAAAAGACUGUUUUGGAGAACAAGGAAAGAGCCGGUUCGGACGUAUUGUCUCGCACCCUCCUGGACGAGAACGCCAAUUCCAUGUCCAACUCCGAGAUUGGUGUUUAUAUUGUGAGUUUAAUGCUUCCCAGUUACGAAGCAGCAAGUGCAUCUCUUACAUUGUCUUAA